AUGUUGAUUUUCAAGUGUAUUGAGGUUCCUGAUACUUUCUGUGUCAACACUGUUAUCAAGGCCUAUUCUUGCAGCUCUGUGCCUCAUAAAGCUGUGGGCUUGUAUUUUGAAAUGCUUCAGCGUGGUUACCUUUUACCUAACAGUUUCACUUACCCACCUCUUUUCAGUGCCUGUGCUAAAAUGGGUUGUUUGAGCUCGGGUCAGAAGUGUCACGGGCAAGCUCUGAAACAUGGUGUUGAUGGGGUUUUGCCUGUGCAGAAUUCUUUGAUUCAUUUGUAUGCUUGUUGUGGGCUCAUGGAAAUUGCUGAGAAAGUGUAUGUUGAGAUGCCUGUGAGGGACUUGGUGUCAUGGAACACGAUUGUUGAUGGUUUUGCUAAGGUUGGGGAGAUGGGACAAGCGCAUCACGUGUUUGAUGCAAUGCCUGAGAGGAAUGUAGUUUCUUGGAAUGUUAUGAUCACAGUUGAUGGGAUCAGUUUAUACACAGAAAUGGUUGAGAAAACCAGAGUACUCGGGGAUUCAAAUGUAAAUACCAAUAAGAAUGUAAAGUUAAAUGAGCGGGAUAAAAUUCUCCCAGAUGAGGUUACCUUUAUUGGCAUUUUAUGUGCCUGUGCCCGGAAAGGAAUGUUGGUAGAGGGGAGAAACUACUUCUCCCAAAUGGUUGAUGUGUUUCAUGUGAAGCCCAAUUUUGCACAUUACUGGUGCAUGGCUAAUCUUAUGGCCAAUGUUGGUCUAGUGCAAGAGGCAGUGAAUAUCUUAAUGAACAUACCAGCUGACAAGGAUGUGUCUCCAGAAUCCUCAUUGUGGGCAGGAUUGCUCGGGUCAUCUCGAUUUCAAGGGGAUCUGAUCUUAGGGGAAAAAAUUGCUAAAGAAUUAAUUGAGCAAGAUCCUCAGAAAUUUUCAUAUUACAUGUUGCUGGUUAAUAUUUAUGCCGUAGCUGGUAAAUGGGAAGAAGUUUCUAGGAUAAGGGAUAUGAUGAAGGAGAGAGGAAUUAAAAGAGUGCCAGGUUGUACUCUGGAGGAUUUGAAGAAUGUAGUUCAUACCCUUAAAUUAAGAGAUAGAUGUCAACAGAUUACACAGAUGGCAUUGGUGAAGUGA